AUGGCAGGAGGGGUUAUAGCGGACCAUGGCCAUGCUGACAAUAAUGCCCAUGCUUCGAAAUUGACCUCUUCUGUCGUGUUUAUCUGCAUUGUUGCAGGUUCUGCUGGGUUAAUAUUCGGCUAUGAUGUUGGAGUCACAGGAGGAGUAACGACAAUGGGGCCAUUCUUGGAAAAGUUCUUCCCAUUUGUUUUACAGAGGAUGGCAGACGCAAAGCAGAGCCAAUAUUGUUUGUUCGACAGCCAAAGCCUAACAGCAUUCACGUCUUCAUUGAACAUUGCAGGUCUAGUGUCAUCACUCAUAGCAGGACGUGUUACCACCAUUACCGGCCGCAAAGGCAUCUUGAUCAUCGGAGGUUCUAUUUUCAUGAUCGGCACUGCCCUUAACGCCUUUGCUUUCAACGUAUGGAUGCUCAUUGUAGGCCGCCUGCUUCUCGGUUUCGGAGUCGGUUUCACAAAUCAGGCAGCUCCAGUGUACCUCUCAGAAAUGGCUCCACCCAAAUGGCGAGGAACUUUAAGCACAGGCUUUCAGUUUUUUCUCACCCUUGGGGUCAUCGUAGCCAGCUUUAUCAACUUCGCCGUGGCACGGCUCGGGGACUACGGUUGGCGCAUAGCUUUAGGUGCUGGAGGUAUACCCGCUUUCGUCAUGACAGUCGGGGCACUCUUCAUUCCCGAUACCCCAAGCAGCCUAAUCCAACGUGGGAAAGUGAACGAGGCACGUCGAUCAUUGGAGACAGUCCGUGGAAAUGACUCUGAUACCGAGUCCGAGUUGAACGAACUAGUAACCCAUAACGAAGCUAUAAAAGCAGCCAAUCAGGAUCCGUACAAGUUGAUCAUGCAACGACGUUACCGGCCACACCUGGUGCUGACCAUAGCAAUUCCCUCGUUCCAACAGCUAACGGGGAUUAACGUGAUUGCAUUUUAUGGACCGGUGUUGUUUCGUUCGAUUGGGUUUGGUAGCGAUGGGGCAUUGAUUGGAGGCAUCAUUUUGGGGACAGUCAAUAUUCUUUCCACAUUUGUUUCAACUUACGCCAUUGAUAGAGUUGGAAGAAGAAUUUUGUUCCUCCAAGCUGGAGCUCAAAUUUUACUCUGCCAGGUUUGCAUUAGAAUUUUCAGAGAUCAACUCCUUUGUUAAAAGAAAACCGAUUAGUUCCUUUU